AUGAUGAAAACCAUCCAGUCAAAAGGCAGAAUUGUUGUAUUUUGUGGGACAUUUUCCGAUAAAGAGGACUUCCUGGUAAGCGUCCACCAAGCGAAUCUGACCACUCCAGAAUACGUGUAUAUAUUCCCACCAUACCGCUCCCUGAAUGCGCCAGAAACACCAUGGGUAGAUAACACUAACCCAAAAAAACACAUUCUCCUAGAGGCUAGCCGAGCUGUUCUACAGAUUUCGUUGUUUUUUCUUGAUGAAGAAGAAGUAAGAGAUUUUACAGAAGCACAUGAUAUUAAAAUGGCUGAGUACUGGAACUACAAUAUGACUGGGAACAAGAAGGUGACGUCGAAUUACGCCACGUUUCUGCACGACUCGACGUACCUGUACGCGCUGACGCUGAACAAGACACUAGAGGCGGGAAAGGACCCUAGGAACGGGACGUUGUUUAUGGAGACGGCUAAAAAAUUGUCUUCAAAGCGGAUGAAAAUCAAAGAGAACAUUGUCUGGCGGACAGCGGAUGGCUCGGUGCCACGUGACACCCCCAAAAUGUGUCAGCCGAAGCACGAUAAUGUGAACCCUUUUAUUGGGGCCUGUGUGGACCCCAAGAAUCCCUGUACGCUGACCAUGUACUGUGAAAAAGGCAGUCUACAGGACAUUCUGGAAAACGACAGCAUCCAGCUGGACAGUAUAUUUAAGGAAUCGCUCAUCUUUCACUUAAUCAAUGGCAUGCUUUACUUACACAACUCCGUCCUCUGUUCCCAUGGCAACCUGAAAAGUUCCAACUGUGUGAUAGAUAGCCGCUGGGUUCUGAAGGUCACUGACUUCUACCCAACAGGAGUGGUGCCAAAGCGCAACGAUAACGCGGGAGAGUACGAGAUUUACAGAGGCAAACUGUGGACAGCACCAGAAAUACUCAGGGCGCAAGCGCACGUUUGCCGAGGCUCACCACCAGGGGACGUCUUCUCGUUCUCCAUCAUCCUCCAGGAGAUCCUCUACAGAGCUUUACCCUAUUUUAUGGAGGAUCAUUCUCCUCGAGAAAUCGUUGAACUUGUGAAAUCAGUGAGAACAACGCCAUUCCGCCCAGAAUGCCCACAAAGGCCAGAAAUCAAAUCCGAGUUUAUCCGCCUGAUGCAACAGUGCUGGGACGAAGCCCCCUCCUCGAGACCCACAUUUCCCGAGAUCAAAAAAUCUGUGGAGAAAAUCAGCGAGAGAGGAAGAAUCAGUAUUAUGGACCGCAUCGUACAAAAACUGGAAUCGUACUCCAGCAAUCUGGAGGACAUUGUACGUGACAGAACCAUGGCGCUAAGGGAAGAAAAAGUGAAAACGGAUUCGCUGUUAGGCCAGAUGCUCCCCACAGUAGUAGCGGACAAAUUAAAACAGGGCGAGUAUGUGUACCCGGAAUUGUAUGAGGAAGCCACGGUUUACUUCUCGGGCAUCGUAGGCUUCAUGGAACUGGCGGCGGAGAGCUCGCCCAUGGAAGUGGUGGUCCUCUUGAAUGACCUCUAGGAAAUGCUCGAUAACCUCUCAGCGACCUUUGACGUCUACAAGGUGGAGACGAUCGGAGACUCGUACAUGGUCGUCAGCGGGAUCCCGGUGAAAAACGGAUCUCGACAUGUGACGGAAAUUGCCGACAUGUCUCUUCGGGUGCUGGAAUCGGCUCAGACGUUCGUUAUCCGCCAUCGCCGGGGAGAAAUCAUACAGCUCCGUGUUGGCUUCCACAACGGUGCUUGCUGUGCAGGUGUGGUAGGACUGGUCAUGCCACGAUACUGUCUGUUCGGGGACACUGUCAACACAGCCUCCAGGAUGGAGUCUAACGGGCUCGCUUUAAAGAUCCACAUUAGUGAGCAAACCUACAAUGCUCUGUCAAAGUUCAAAGGUUACCAAAUGACAAAGCGAGGUCAAAUGGCGAUCAAGGGAAAAGGAAUGCUCACAACCUAUUGGCUGAAUGGAAAGUCGAUCAGGACAACGAAGGAGAUUAUUGUCCAAUGA